CCUCUUGGCUCCGAGCCAGGGCCGCCCCUCUGCCAGCCUCACUGCGGAGGGGCCUGGCGCGCAAGGUCUCUGCUCCAAGGGCCAGAGAUGCCGGGCCCUGUGCCCCUGAGCUGGGAGAGGGUGGGCCUCCGUUGGGGCCAGGUGCAGGGAGUGACUUAGUUUGGGGAGGGCUGGGCUCUCUUCAGUUUCUCACAGUGGCAGGAAGCACAGCUGCAGGGAGCCUUUGUGUGGGGAGGGAUGGAGGGCAGCUGGAGCAGACACACUGCUGAGGGCAUGCCCCCUUGCCCCCCAGGUGUGCCCGGAGAGGCAGAGCAGCCUGCAUCUGAGGUGCUCGAGGUGGAAUUGGGCAGCACCGUCCUCCUGAAAUGUGGCCUUCCCCAGUCCCAGGGCAACCUCAGCCUCGACUGGUUUGUUGUCCACAAGGAGAAGCGAUUGCCCAUCUACAGGGUGCGCCAGGGCCAGGGCCACAGUGAAGCGGGCGAGUACAAGCACCGGCUCAGCCUCCAGGGCAGGGGAGGCACCCUGGCCUUGGCGCAUGCCAGCCCCCAGGACGACGAGCGCAUCUUCCUGUGUCAGGGCAAGCACCCCCGGUCCCCGGAGCACCGCCUCCAGCUCCGAGUCUACAAAGCGCCGGAGGAGCCGAGCAUCCAUGCCAACACCGUAGGCAUCUCUGUGAGCAGUGAGGAGCCCGAGGAGGUUGCUACCUGUGUGGGGCGGAACGGGUACCCAGUUCCCCAGGUCACUUGGUACAAGAACCGGCUGCCCCUGAAGGAGGAGAAGAGCCGAGUACUCGUCCAGUCGUCCCAGACGGCCGAGUCCAGUGGGCUGUACACUGUGCGGAGCGUUCUGAAGGCCCAGCUGACGAAGGAGGACAAGGAUGCCCAGUUUUACUGUGAGCUCAGCUACCGGCUGCCCAGCGGGAACCACAUGAAGGAAUCCCAGGACAUCACCGUGCCCGUGUUCUACCCCGCGGAGAGACUGUGGAUGGAAGUGGUGCCCACAGGGGCACUGAAGGAAGGGGACCGCGUGGAGAUCCGGUGUUUGGCUGAUGGCAACCCCCCACCCCACUUCAUCAUCAGCAAGCAGAACCUCAGCACCAUGGAGAUGGAAGAGAAGGCCACGGAAGACAAUGGGCUGCUGGUCCUGGAGGCCGCUCAGCAGGAGCACAGUGGGCUCUACGAGUGCCAGGGCCUGGACCUGGACACCAUGGUGCUGCUGAGUGACCAGCGGGAGCUGCUGGUGAACUAUGUGUCAGCUGUCCGGGUGAGUCCCGCCAGGCCGGAGAGCCGAGAGAGCAGCAACCUCACCUUGACCUGCAAAGCAGAGAGUAACCAGGUCCUGGCGUUCCACUGGCUCAGAGAGAAGACAGGCCAGGUGCUGGCCGAGGGGCCUGUGCUGCAGUUACACAACCUGACUCGGGAGGCCGGGGGAGGCUACCUCUGCGUGGCGUCUGCCCCCGCUGUACCGGGCCUGAACCGGACGCGGCUGGUCCACGUGGCCAUUUAUGGGCCCCCGUGGAUGCCCUCCAAGGAGAAGAAGGUGUGGGUGAAAGAGAACGAGGUGGCUAGCCUGUCCUGUGAGGCACUGGGACAUCCUCGGCCCACCAUCUCCUGGAAUGUCAACGGCACUGUGCAUGAACAAGACAAAGCCCCACAGCAUGUCCUGAGCACCCUAAGUGUCCUCGUGACCCCAGAGCUGCUGGAGAAGGGCGCCGAGUGUGUGGCCUCCAACCGCCUGGGCAGCAACAGCACCCGCGUCUUCCUGGAGCUGAUCAACUUAACCACCCUCCCACCCGACUCCAACACCACCACUGGGCUCGGCACCUCCACCCCCCUCAGCACCUCCACUGCCAGCCCCCAUGCCAGAGCCAACAGCACCUCCACAGAGAAGACGCUGCCCGAGCCCGAGAGCCAGGGCGUGGUCAUCGUUGCGGUGAUUGUGUGCAUCCUGGUGCUGGCCGUGCUGGGCGCCACGCUCUAUUACUUCUACAAGAAGGGCAAGCUGCCUUGUGGCCGGUCCGGCAAGCAAGAGAUCACACUGCCCCCGUCGAGUAAGAGUGAAAUUGUAGUUGACGUAAAGUCAGAUAAGCUCCCCGAAGAGAUGGGGCUCCUACAGGGCAGCAACGGUGACAAGAGGGCUCCCGGAGACCAGGGAGAGAAAUACAUCGAUCUGAGGCAUUAGUCCUUGGACUCGCACCGAGCUCCCCGCCCUGCCUGCAACAGCUCCUGCUCAGCCUGCUCCUCCGCUCUCAGGACAGUGGCCGGAGCCUCCCACCUCUCCGAGGCCUGCAGAGAAGACUCCAUAUUUCAGAGGCCCGGUGGGUGGGCAGGGACUGGAGCCAUCUGAGAAGGGGCCCCUGAGGCCCCCUCUCUGGGCUCAGCCCACUGCGUUCUCCAUUGUUGAGUGAUGCUCAUCCCAAGGGAAGGAGGAUGCUGAGGACCCAGGAGGAGGCAGGAAUCCCCAGCAGGAUGUGUUCUACACAUGCCCUAGAUAUGCAAAAAUCCUUCUCCAACCAUCAGCUGAUUGGGGGGUGGGGGCUCCCCUGUCUGGUUUCCCAUCCUGGAGGCUGGGUUCAACCAUUCAGUGCAGUCACUAGACGCAGAACCAGGUUGCUCAAGAGAGCUCCUCAGAAUUACCCCAGCAGCAAAGAUGUUGCUGCUGCUGCCACCUUCCUGCCUGCUUCCGUGGUCCCCUUUGAGAUCAUCCUUCCCCUGGGCUGAAGCCACAGCUGGUGUCCUUGCAAGACAUGCUGGGUCUGCCCAUUGUCCCCGGAAGUGGCUGUUUUCCAGUUGGGGCGGCUGAGACUCAGGGCCCUGCCUUCAUUUGGCCGGACUGCCUUCAAGGGACCACCCACAUCUCUGAGAGGGGGGCAAAGGUGAGGCCCAGCCAAGGCUUCAUGGAGAUGAACAUGAAUUGCUACGAAUUGAAAAGGGCUGGCCCCAUGGGGAGUCUGGGAGUAACAGGGUCCUGGCCAGAGUUGGGGUGUGUGUGUGUGUGUGUGUGUGUGUGUGUGUGU